GGCUCUUUCGGAAUCGUUGGCGCUCGGACGGCACAUUUGAGCAAUGGCUGGAACCAGGCACCUUAGCAAGAGUUCGGAUGCCUUUCGAGGACUUUUCGGGAGCGGGUUGCGUCCGCGCUUUCCAAGAGAUGCACGGAUCAUCCCCAUUAUGCAUCACUGGAGAUGUUUAAGCUCUAGUAGGUUCCUUGGUCCUCUAAUUAUGAAUUCCUGCUCUUUCCUGGACUCCAGAUCAAUUAUGAGAAAGCAGGUCCGGCUCUUUCUCAAUCUUGCAGCUCCUCUACUUGGUGCCAAGCGUAUGGAAUACACUGAAAUCCGUCAACUCCCGUACUCUGUUGACCAGAUGUAUGACAUUAUUGCUGAUGUUGACAGCUACCAGCUCUUUGUUCCUUGGUGCAACUGCUCCCGCAUAAUUUCCCAUCACAAAGAAGUCUCCCAGGCUGAACUGGAAGUGGGAUUUCCUCCUGUGGUUGAGCGCUAUGUCUCGGAGAUCUCUUCAGUGCCUCAUUGCCAGAUCCGGGCUGUGAGUAAAGAUGGGCGGUUAUUUCGGCAUCUGGAGACAUUGUGGCAAUUUAAGCCAGGAAACAUGGGACGGCUGGAUUCCUGCACACUCAAAUUUUAUGUCUCCUUUGAAUUCAAAUCCAGCCUCCAUUCGCAACUGGCUAAACUUUUCUUUAAUGAAGUAGUCAAGCAGAUGGCCUCGGCCUUUGAACAGAGAGCAGAGAAGCUGUACAGCACUCGAACGUCAGCCCAGCCACACCAGGCAAUUCACUGUACGUGACGAUGGUCUUGGAAAUACUGAUGUUUGAGUCCACCUUCCUGAUCUCAUAGAACAAAGUCUUCUUUUUGCCCACAUCUGUAUCAUUUCUUGGAUGUUUUUAAUUCAGACAUGACUUUAUUUAUGCCUAUUUACCGUGUAAAAAAAAACUCUCAAAGAUGCACAUUAUUUAAACGAUUCUUCUAUUUUAUUUACAAUAAGAUUAAAUUAUUGGGUAUUUAAUUAUGCUGUUGUAAAGAUGACUCUUUGUUACAGUGGAGACCCCUGACCAUCACUGAAAACCACAAAUAUUAUAAUGGAAUUUUUAAUUAUUUUUGAAACAGAAGUGGUUUUUUUUUAUACUUUAGGUUUUUAAGAAGCAGCAUAUUUAUUGGCCCACUGAAUAAUUUCUUUAAAUGUAAGGAAAACAGGACUAGCUAAGCACAGCCCCUUCAGUGGCAUUUACAGUGUAAGUUCCUAGACUCUCCCUUUCUUUUGUUACGCCUCUCUCCUCUUCUAGGUCACAUGGG